AUGGAGAAAUCCGUCAAAAUCGAGGAUUACUCGGAAACUCCUGUCACCAAGCAGAUGAGUGAGGAGAUUGAGAAUGGCGGAUUGAAUGACCCCAACCAUGUCGGCCUGCAGCGUGCACUGAAGGCCAGACACAUUACUAUGAUUGCUAUCGGUGGUGCGAUCGGUACUGGUUUGAUUAUUGGAACCGGCGAGGCUCUCGCAAAGGCUGGCCCCGGUGCAAUCUUGAUUUCUUACGCGUGGGUUGGUUUCAUUGUUUACCUGGUUAUGUGCGCUCUCGGAGAAAUGGCCGCCUGGCUCCCAUUGCCGUCUGGCUUCACUGGUUACGCCGUCCGAUUCUGUGAUCCUGCUCUUGGUUUUACCCUCGGUUGGACAUACUGGUUCAAAUAUAUCAUCUUAUCACCAAAUCAAAUGACUGCUGGUGCGAUGGUCAUCGCGUAUUGGAUUCCACCGGAGAAGGUCAACGCGGGAGUAUGGAUCACCAUUUUCCUAGUCAUUGUCGUCGCGAUCAAUUACUUCGGUGUGAAAUUCUUCGGUGAAUUCGAGUUCUGGCUCUCUUCAUUCAAAGUAGUCGUCAUUGUCGGCCUGAUUCUCCUGUCCUUCAUCCUCAUGCUUGGUGGUGGCCCAGAUCAUGACCGCAAAGGCUUCCGCUACUGGAAGAGUCCCGGUGCUUUCAACACCUAUGUGAUGGAGGGCGCACCUGGUCGAUUCUUGGCUUUCUGGUCGACCAUGGUGUCUGCUACAUUCGCCUACCUGGGUACUGAGCUGGUCGGAGUGACAGUUGGUGAGGCUCAGAAUCCCCGCAAGACAAUCCCUCGCGCCAUCAAAUUGACCUUCUACCGAAUUCUGGUAUUCUACGUGGUGAGCGUGCUUCUCGUUGGCACUCUAGUUCCCUACAACUCCCCCAAGCUUCUCUUCGCUCUUGGAAGUGACAACAAGGCCAAGGGUUCCGCCGCAGCAUCGCCCUUCGUGGUUGCUAUCGAGCUUGCCACCAUCCCAAUUCUGCCCCACAUCCUGAAUGCCUGCAUCCUGCUUUUCGUCUUCUCGGCAGCCAACUCCGAUCUGUACAUCGCCACCCGUACCAUCUAUGGUCUGGCCCGCGAGGGCAAGGCUCCCAAGAUUUUCGCCCGUACCGAUCGCCGCGGCGUCCCCGUUUAUGCAUUGGCCAUUUCAUCCGUGAUCGCUCUGCUAGCCUACAUGAACGUCAGCAGCGACGCCAAGACCAUUUUCAAAUACUUCGUGAACCUGGUCAGCAUCUUCGGUCUGUUGACCUGGAUCUCCAUCCUGGUGACCCAUAUCUACUUCGUGCGCGCACGCAAGGCCCAGAAUAUCCCCGAUGAAAGCCUGGCCUACAAGGCACCCUUCGGUGCCGCGGGCUCCUACUUCGCUCUUGCUUUCUGCAUCAUCGUUGCUCUCACCAAGAACUUCGAUGUCUUCAUCCACAAGCCCGAGUCGUAUGGAAACUUCGACUACAAGAACUUCAUCACCGCUUACCUUGGCAUCCCUCUGUAUCUCAUCAUGAUCUUUGGUUAUAAGCUCGUGACUCGCUGCAAGGGCGUGGACCCCGCGACCGCCGAUCUCUUUACCGGCAAGGACGAGAUCGAUCGCGAGGAGGCGUUAUAUCUCGCCCGGAAGGAGACCGAGGCAGAGAAGCACAACGACGCAAGCUGGUUCUACAAGAACUUCGUGUCGUGGCUAUUCUAG